UGUCACUCUGGCACUCACAUCCAAGCGAACACCAUCAAAAAUGAAAUACAUCUACAUCUACUUCAUUUUCGCUUACCUGUACUUCUAUGUUGACGCUGAUCAGGUCCAUUUAGCAACCUCACAAUGUGACUGUCCAGACAGCAUAACCGCCAUCCAAUCAGCAUUGGACCAGAGCUGCGCCCAGGUGAGAUCCAUCAGAGCAACAAUUAAAAGAAUCAGGUCAGAACUUGCCGAAAUUGACACCAAUCUCAACGUCAAUGACAACAAAAUCGACAGGCUCAACACCAACGUUACCACUUUGGAAUCUCUCCUCAACGAUAACUAUGAAAAAGUAACCAAAGAGUCAUUGAUAAUCGGCGACAUCGAUAUUAGAGCUAAAGAAAUUCUCAGCGAACUUCUAGAAGUUAAUGUUCUUAUUACAGAGAACGAUGUCGAAAUCAAGGAUAUCAAUAGUACUCUUGUAGACUUAAAAACGUGUGCUUGUACUCCUAGAACUACACCAACUCCACAAACAACCACUCCUUACUAUUUCAAACAUUAAAGAUAUGUUAACAACACCUUUCUGUGAAUAAAUUUUGUUUAGUGACUUA